AUGAAGCAGCCAGAAGACUACCUUACUGGAGAUGAAAAAUAUGAUGAGGAUGGGGAUAACAAGGAAAAUGAGCAUGGUGGCGAUGAAGGAGAAGGCGAUGAAGAUGCUGAGGUUGGCAAUGAUCUUCAAGAUGAUGCAGAGUACUUGAUAGGAGACGAAGGUCCAACUACGGCCGAGGGGGAACUUGAAAAAGGUCUUCCAGCAGAAGAUUCGGAUACGGGUAAUGAGUCUUGUAGACAUUACAGCCAUGGAUCUUAUCUGGUCCAAGGAAAGAUGGACCAUGGAAUGGAGGAUUAUAUUUUUGCUGAACAUAGGAACAUCAAUGGCUGCGACUUAGGACUAUAUGCAAUUUUUGAUGGCCACGCUGGUCAAGCUGUUGCAAAAUACUUGCAAGGCCAUCUAUUUGAAAGAAUAUUGAGUGAGCCUGACUUCUGGAAGAAUCCAGUACGUGUCCUUAAGAGAUCAUGCGAGGCCAUGGAUGAAGAGAUCCUAGCAAAGAUAGCAGAUUCACGAGGGGGAUCAACAGCUGUUGUAGGAAUACUUGUUAAUGGAGUGAAGUUGCUGGUAGCCAACGUCGGCGAUUCUCGAGCAAUAUUAUGCAGAAACGGUGUGGCAAAACAAAUUACAGCGGAUCAUGAGCCAGUGAGGGAGAAAGAUCUCGUUGAGAGCAAAGGAGGUUUUGUGUCCAAGGCACCCGGAUGUGUUCCAAGAGUGGAUGGUGUAUUAGCAAUGAGCAGGGCAUUUGGGGAUGGAAGGUUGAAGGAACACAUUACUGCAGAACCAGACGUGAUGGUUCAAAACAUCACUGAGGACACUGAGUUCGUCAUUUUGGCUAGUGACGGCCUCUGGAAGGUGAUGACGAACGAAGAAGCUUGUGAGUGCGUGAAGGAUAUGGAUGAUGCAAAAAAAGCAGCUAAGAAGCUGGUUAAAGAAGCAUUAGCUCAAGGAAGCUAUGAUGAUAUUUCAUGCAUUGUUGUAAUGUUCCAGGCUAAUUGAAUGUUCCUAGCUGUACGCAGUUCAUUUCUUCUUCUUCUUCUUUUGCUCUUUACUUUUUCUCAGAAUGAACUCUCUCAACCAUGUAGAAGAAAUAUGAAAGGUAGAUUCAUAGAUGUUGA